AUGGCGACCCCGCCUCCCGAGGCCCCUCCCGCCAUGAAGGAGGACAAGCCUCAGCUGCCCCCGUCCCCGACUGGUCCAUCUGCCCCGGACAUUCCGGAGACCAGUGUGCAAGCUACCACCGAUUCCAAAAACCAAUCCUCUGGCGAUGCUGAGGUCAAAUCACCCGCGUUGAACGGUCACGGUCCAAUUGCGCCCUCAACCACCAACGGCACAACCACAACAAACUCUCCCCCAAAGUCUCCUGCGCCGGCACCCGCUCUACCCGAGCAACCCGCCCAAGAGACAGCGCAAGUUGCAGAGACACAGGAACCAGCUAAAUCCAACGAAGCAUCUCUCACUCCCGCACCCAACAACACCGAGAGCGCGACCUCAGUUCCAGCUCCAGCUCCAUCUUCAGUUGCUACUGAGCUUCCUACCGCUCCGGCAUCUGCCGAGAGCACUACACCGGCUCCAGCUCCAGCUCCGACUCCGGCUUCAGUUCCAGCUUCAGUUCCAUCUUCAGUUCCUGCUUCAGUUCCUGCUCCUACUGCAGCCCCAACUCACAUUCCCACCACUUCUGCUGGCCCCGACACCGACGCAAUGGCCAUCGAUACUCAGGACAGUCCGGCUGCCGUGAAAACCGAACUUCCUCACCACCCAACUACUGCCCCCACCUCACUCUCCCUUCAACCCAAUGACCAAGAAAUGAAGGACGCCCCGGAACCCCCGCUCUCACCUUCCAAGGUUCCCCGACAAAGAGAUGCCGAUCUCAGCGAAGAGCCAGCUGCCAAGCGGACCAAGGUUGAGGGCGAUGAUUCUGCCCCCGCGGGAUUCAAACCACAAGAAAUCCCAGCUCCGGCUCCAUCCCCUCCAAAGCCCUCACCCAGCCGGACAAGCAAUGGACCGGGCCUCACCAAAUUGCAACACAAGUUCAUUUCCAAGUCGCUGAGUUCUCUCAAGCGGAUGCACGAUGCACGCUUCUACAAGGAGCCAGUCGAUCCUAUCAAGCUUAACAUCCCGCAAUACCACACCAUCGUCACCCAACCCAUGGACCUAGGAACCAUGGAGAGGAAGCUGAAGACUAACCAGUAUGCCUCACCUCAAGAGGUCUCCGAUGACUUCGCUCUCAUGGUCAACAACACCACCAUCUUUAAUGGUGUGGACCACUUGGUCACCCAGGAAGGUAUCAAGUUGAAGGCCACGUUUGAAAAGCAGAUGCUCAGCCUUCCCAAGGCCUCGGAAGUGGAACCCUCAAAGCCGAAAAAGUCAACCGAGAAGACAUCAGCUGCGCGUCGUGAGCCCCGAACUUCUCUCCCCAGUCAGCCCAAGGCGGCUUCCCCACAAAACCAGACCUUUGCACUGGGACCAGAGGGAGUGCCCGUCAUUCGUCGUGAUUCCACCAACCCCGAUGGCCGCCCAAAGCGAUCCAUCCACCCUCCCAAGCGUGAUUUACCUUACUCAGUUAAGCCGAAGAAGAAGAAGUACCAGUGGGAAUUGCGUUUCUGCCAGGAGGUGCUGGAAGAAAUGCACAAGAACAAGCAUUACAACUUUGUCAUGCCUUUCUAUUUCCCUGUCGACCCCAUCGCUUUGAACAUCCCUACCUACCACAAGGUGAUCAAAGAGCCGAUGGAUUUGUCUACAAUCCAAUCCAAAAUCAAGACCGGUCAGUACGAGAAUGCCAAGGAGUUCGAACACGAUGUCCGCAUGAUCUUCAAGAACUGCUUCCGCUUCAACAUUCCGGGUGACCCCACUUACAUCUGUGGGCAACGCGCGGAAGAGAUCUUCAACCAGAAGUGGUCCCAGAAAUCGGAGUAUCUCGAUGCCCAUGAGCCUCACCCUGAGCAGAACUCCGAUUAUUCCGACGAGGAUAGUGACGAGGAAGCCGAAGAAAGCGAGGAGGACGACCAGAAGCUCACUCUUCUUCAAAAGCAAAUCGCCGAGAUGUCACGCCAGGUCGAGGCUAUCACCAACAAGAAAAAGAAGACACCUCCUUCUUCCAAGAAGGUCGGCAAGGCGAAGCCAGCCCCAAGCAAGAAGGUCAGCUCUGGCAAGAAAGAUAAGAAGAGCAAGAGCUCUAAGAGCGGCAAGGAGCGCGCUAUCACAUACAACGAAAAGCAAAUUAUUUCGAACGGCAUCAGUAGCCUUCCAGACAAGAAGAUGCAGCAAGCUCUUCAGAUCAUCCAGAGCAAUGUUCCGGCUCUCAAGGGCACCGACGAAGCUGAAAUUGAGCUGGACAUUGACGAGCUCCCCAACGACGUUUUGCUUCUGUUGCUUAACUUCGUGAAGAAGAAUGUCCCUCAUCUCACGGAUGACGAGGAGGAUGCUCCCGCUAGCAGCGUUGCCCCUCCCAAGCCGAAGAAGAACAAGCCGAUGAGCAAGUUCGAGCAAGAGGCGCAGAUUAACAUGCUCCAGAGCAACCUUUCCCGCUUCCAGGGUGGUGGCGCCCUCUCCCCAGAGCCCGUGGCUUCCGUCGAACGAAACGAUAGCAGUGAUGAGUCGGAUUCAUCCGAGGAGGAGAGCGAGGAGGAGUAA